AUCACACAGAUCACGCAGCUUCAGCCUUACCACCCACAUCGGCGCUUAAUUAAGCUCUGCUGCCCUGUCACCAGAUCCAUCAUGCAUUCCAGGCGCCGUUGAAACUCAUCUCAUCUUCCUGCUAUAUGCAUGCUCGUUUGAGAUAAUGGCGGAACCCGUAGGUCCAGCGCCAGGCGGAGUUGAGGAACAGAUCGCGCUGUCUGUCCCACCGCCGAGUGGUCCUCAGCAGCUACCAGAAUCGACGGCUGGUGAAGUCCCGAAAGAUGGAGCAGAGAUGUUCAUCGCCGCGGCUGGUGACAACAGCGCCAGCGAUCCAAUACAACCGCAAGCAACGACAAUAGAUGCUUCCCACACUGCACCCUCACCAGUCACCCUCCCACCAACCACUCUCCCACCAACCUCUACACCCCUCCAGCCAACACUCCCCACCGCCACCGCUCCCACACCUUCAACACUGGGCAACCCCCCCGAAAUCCCGGCUCCAGCUCCAGCUCCCGUCGCAGCCCCCAUCCCCCCACCCUCCCUAACAUCAACCCACUCCCACCCCACCACCUCCCUAAGCCUCUCCAGCACCGCCCUCCUAGCCUCCACCUCCACCGCCUCCCUCUCCACCUCCCCCUCCUCAACAGACACACAGACGCUAACCUCCGCCCGCGCCGCCCUCGAAGCAACAAUCCUCUCCACAGGAACUGCUUACACCCACCCCAUUGAAGCCCGCGCGCGCGAUCUGCACGCUAUGAACAUCGCCCUAGCCACACAACAGGCGCAGCUGCUCAGCGCGACUGGGGCGCUGGCAAAGGAAAACGACCGCCUGGCUAAAUUAGCCGAGGAGGGGAGCAGAAGGCUGAAAGAGGCCGGCGCGCUGGAUGUAUGGGCUGAGGUACUCGAGGGUGAUUUAGCAGCGGUGGAGGAGUGUUUGAGGAUAGUGGAAGGGGGAGGAGAGGAGCACUGCGAGAGCUGCGGGGGGGAUUUAGCUGCCGUGGACGAGGAUGCCGUGAGGUGGUGUGGGGGAUGUGACGGGCUUUGGCAUGCGGGGUGUUGUGGUGAGGAGGGGGUGAGUGUUGAUACUGCGGGGGAGACGGAGGGUGGGGUGGAUCGAGAUGCGGAAGUUGAGUGGAGGUGUAGGGAAUGUGCACUGAGAGAGGAUCUGGAGGCUAUGGUGGGGGAGUUGGGUGGGUUUGUGGAUGAUGAGAUGGAUACGAGUGGGGAGAUCACGGUUGAGCCGCCGAGGGGGGAUUUGAUUCAUGAUGGGAGGGGAGAGAUGGUGUAUGAUGAGGGAGGAGAGGCUGUUAUGGAGGAGGCGAGGAAUUGGAAGGGAAAGGGUGUGGUGUAUCCCCAGGAUGAAGACGUGAAGGUGGCGGAAGAUGGGGUUGAGAGAGGAGAGGAAGUGGGUGCGGUAGGUGGCGCUGUGGAGGAGGGAGGCGCGACAGGCGGAGCUGAGGAACUGGAGAAGCUGGACGUCCAUGCAGAUACCCUCUCGGACUCGAAGCAGGCGGAUCCCAUCCAAAGCCAGGAAGUCACGGACGCUCCCAACAGCGGAGAUCGGCCCUUGGAGAUGGACCUUUCCGAGUUGGAGGUUGCACCGCGACGAGCCGUUUGGACGUGGGGGGUUUAGUUCAUUGACUGAUAUGUGGAUGACGGGCGGAAAUGCAGGGAGGAUUGGAUAUGGGUGAUCUCUGAAGUGUUAUUUUUGGAAUGGGUGGAGAUUUGUUUACGAUUUAUGAAGAAUGAUCACGACCGUUUUCCACGUUAUAUACCAAGGCGAGCGUUCCUGCACAUAUAUACAAUUCGAUAAGUCAGCAAAACAUGCACAAAUCACUCAUAGCCUC